UCUGACCUUCCUGGGAUCUUUGACCUUGGCCCUGGAGCCCCAGAGUGGCCUGCAUCGACUCAAAGCAAACUUCUUAAAACUCGUGAAUCGUUGGUGCAGUGAGGUCUGCCCCAGCGCCCCCCAUGGGAUCGGUGUGGUGAGCACGCGGGGUGCACCGAGCAUGUGGGAAGGCAGGUGCCGUGGAUCAUGCCACCAGCACCCAGUGCUGCUGCCGGCGGCCGCACCCACCCGCGCCCAUGGCCCGAACGGGCCCGUCGCUCUCCAGCGCCUUCGACAUUCUAGGUGCCGCAGGCCAGGACAAGCUGCUGUAUCUUAAGCACAAGCUGAGGAGCCUGCACCCGGGCUGCCGGGGGGCGGGCCUCCUACACGCCAUGGUGCUCCUGAAGCUGGGCCAGGAGACGGAGGCCAGGAUCUCCCUGGAGGCGCUGAAGGCGGACGCGGUGGCCCGGCUCGUGGCCCACCAGUGGGCGGGCGCGGACAGCGCCGAGGCCCCGGAGGAGCCCCCGGACUUGCCCUGGGCCGUUGCCAGGGUCUACCACCUGCUGGCCGAGGAGAAGCUGUGCCCGGCCUCCAUGCGGGACUCAGCCUACCAGGCAGCCCUCCAGACCUUCAGCUCCAGGGACGACCAGCGGCUGCCGGAGCUCCAGGGCGAGGCCCGGGAUCGCUGUGGCUGGGGGAUCGCCGGGGCCCCCGGGGUCUUCCAGCCCCUUCGCUCCGAUCAGGGCUGCCUCCCGCCAUCCUCGGCAUCCCCCUCGGGCACCCGCAGCCUCCCGAAGCCCAUUGAGAGCCCCUCGGGCUGGAGCAGAGGGUGUUCCCUGAGAUCCACCGGCAGUCCCGCCUCCUUGGCCAGCAAUCUGGAAAUUAGCCAGUCGCCCACCGUGCCCCUUCUCAGCCAGCCCCGCACCGGUCACGUGCCCAGCAGGCUGUGUGAGGAGACCCAGGCGGGCCCGGAGCCCGAACCUGCCUCCAUGGGCUGCCAGGAACCUGAGGAGGUGAGCUGGCCGCCAUCGGACGACGCUGUCAACCCUUCGCCUGGGGAGAUAGCCAGCCCUCCGUCUGGGGAGACGGAAGGCCCCUCACCGGAAGGCCCCUCGCUAGAGGGCCCCUCAUCCGGGGAGACUGCCAGCCCCCAGAUGCCACCAGACAGCCCGGCCCCUAGACUUCCCGAGGUGGUCCCAGAUGUGAGCCCUGUGGGCCAGCCGGACCCCCCGAAAGCUCUGGAAACGGGCAGCCACUACCCGGUGGAGUGCAGCGAUAGGCUGGGAGCCCCCACGUCUCUCCCGGUGCCUUCCAGAAACACGUGUCCUGACAAGGACCCGACCCCACUCUCACGCCCUGUAGAAGACACUGCUUCCCAGAGCCCACUCCCCUGCCCACCGCCCCCCUCGGCCCCAAGGACGUCGGCGCCCUGCCCAUCCCCAUCCCCGUCCAUCCCUUCGUCGGCUUCCCCUGCCGCCUGGAGCCCCUGUCCCCCGCCCCCUGAGCUGGAGUCGGAGCAGAAAUUCUACAACUUUGUGAUCCUGCACGCCGGAGCCGAUGAGGACAUUGCCCUGCGCGUCCGAGAGAGGCUGGAGGCCCUGGGCGUCCCCGACGGGGCCACCUUCUGCGAGGACUUCCAGGUGCCCGGGCGCGGGCAUCUGCACUGCCUGCAGGACGCCAUCGACCACUCGGCCUUCACGCUGCUGCUGCUCACCCCCAACUUCGACUGCCAGCUGGGCCUGCACCAGGCCGGCCAGUCGCUGAUGAACAGCCUCACGCGGCGCGAGCGCCAGGACUGCGUGAUCCCCUUCCUGCCGCGGGAGAGCUCGCUGGAGCAGCUCAGCGCGCACACGCGCGGCCUGCUCACCAGCCUGGUGUGGCUGGACGAGCGCUCCCAGAUCUUCGCCAGGAAGGUGGCCAACACCUUCAAGCCGCAGAGGCUGCGGGCCCGCAGGGAGCACUGGCGGAGGGAGCAGCACCUGCGCGCGCUGCAGGAGGAGCGCCAGCAGCUGGAGGGCGAGCGGCAGCGGGUCUCAGCGCUCAACGCCGCCUACUCGGCCUAUUUCCAGAGCCACUCGGCCUGGCAGGCGCAGAUGGAGACGCUCCGGGUGGCCUUCGGGAGCCAUAUGCCCUUCGGGACCCCGGGGCCUCUGGGAGCGCCCCCGCCCUUUCCCUCCUGGCUGGGCCAGCAGCCGCCGCCGCCCCCCGCGCCUCCGUGGCCGGGCGGCGCCCCCGCAGCCGCCUUCCCGCAGCCCCCCGCGCCCCCCCAGAGCCCGGGGCUGCAGCCCCUCAUCAUCCACCACGCGCAGAUGGUGCAGCUGGGCCUCAACAACCACAUGUGGAACCAGAGGGGGACCCAGGCGCCCGAGGACAAGACGCAGGGCGCCGAGUGACCGACGACCCCGGCCUGGGGGGGGGGGGCGCCCCCUCCGCCCCCCACCGUGCCCAGGGAGGGCGGAGGAGCGCGACGUCAUCUGCAACUUUCAGGACAUCGCUGGGGCGACCUUCAUCUCUCCGGAAAUCGUGCAAAAUGGGCCCCGAUGACUUUCUGGGGCGCAAGGGGGGACCCGGAAUUGGAGGUGGCAUUUACAGAUUCUCACCUGGGUGCUGGUGGCGGUGGGGAGCG